AUGGACGCCCAAGCAUACCUAAUCCGCCACGGCUGGUCCGGCCCCGGCAACCCCCUCAACCCGAACCAGCGCCCCGGCCCGCACGGCGGGCUCGGCCUGACGCGCCCGAUUCUGGUCGCGCGCAAGGCCAACAACCACGGCGUCGGCAAGAAGACCACCAAGGACGCCACCAACCAAUGGUGGCUGCGCGGGUUCGAAGAUGCGCUGAAGGGCGUCGGCAAUGAUAGCGUUGCUGCGUCGGCGCGGUCGAAUAAUGCGCUGACGAGUGAACUGUACCGCUUCUUUGUGCGUGGGGAGGGACUUGCGGGGACGAUUGAUAAAGAGAAUAAGGUUGAGGAUGUGCGGGACACAACCAAGAGCAAGUCCGAGUCCAAGUCUAAGAGGAAGCGAGACGUCGAGGAUGAUGGUGCGGAUCGUCGCGCUCAGAAAAAGGAGGAAAAGGCUGCUCGGAAAGAGGAGAAGCGCAAGCGCCGCAAGCUCAAGGAGGAUGGCUCUGCUUUUCCUUCGUCGACUGAGACGUCUUGUUCGGAGAAAUCCAAGGAAAGCAAAGAGGAGCGGCAAUUGAGGCGCAAGGAGAAGAAGAAAAACAAGGAGAGCAAGAAGAAGGCUGCUGAUAGCAGCGCGGGGAACGAUACCAAAGCUACGAAAAAGUCGAAGAGGUUGAAACCAUCCGCUGCCGAGGACGACUAUCCUAAACCCAUGUCGAUCGACCAAGAGCCAGAUCAGGACCGGACGGAUACUGCCGAGUUGAAUGGAGCUUCCGUUCCGGCCAAGGAAAAGAAGAAGGACAAGAAAGAGAGCCGAGAACCCAAGGAAAGCAAAAGGUCCAAGCGGAAAGAAAGCGAGGCCACUACUGACGCCGACGCCGACGCCAAAAAGAAGUCCAUAAAAGACAAGAAGGCCCAGAAAGCGGCCGCUAGUGCCUAA